AUGGAAGGCAGAGCUUCGUCAUUUGCACAAAGAAGAGCUCGAAAUACGGAAGUGAGAGACGGAAAAGCCAAGAUUGGAGAGCUCGACGGGAAAAUCAACGCGUUGCAGAGCAAAAACUCUGACCUCGAAAACCAAAUGAAUGAAAUCCAACAAGAACUCGUCGAGGCUCGAGGAAAAAUCUGCGGACUCGAAACGGAAAUUCAAUGUGAACAAAAGGAGAGAAGUGAUGAAUUCACGAAGAUCAACUCGAAAAUCUCGCAAAGUGAUGAUCGAUCGACGAAGAUUGGUGCUGAUUUGAAGGAGAUAGAUUCCAAAGUCGCCGAAAUGUCAAGGAAAAUGGAGGCUGAUUUGGUUGACGAAAGGCAGAGAAAUCGAGAAUUGGAAAGGAAAAUCGCCGAGAUGAAAAGGAAGAACGACGAUCUCGAAACCCAAUUGUAC